AUGCGCUGGAUCAAUGAUAAUCAAAUAUUUCCAGCAGCGCAACGGUCACAAGCCGAAGUGGCAGUUAGGGGUCAGCACUUUGAGCCACUACUUCAAAUAGUGAAGAAUUUUUCCAAAGAUGUAGGGUGGUGGACUUCGAAGGACUUCAUAGAUUCAGGAUGCUUCGGACCAUUUUUGUCUCUUUUGGCACUCAUUGAACGCAACGAUACAAAAGAAGAAGACGAAGAAUCUGCAGUGCAAUAUGUCACCACCCCCAUUGCUGCACGAACUCGACUUCAACAAUCGCAAAGAGACCUUUAUAUAAUACCAAUCAAGAAAUCAACUGGACAAUUAGACCUUCUUGGUGCAUUGGUCGAUAGGAUGGACUUGGAUACGCCCAGCACUACCGAAUCGAUUGAGCUACCACCGUCCGGUGAAGGAUCCGUCGCAAAAUACGAAAAGGCCAGAAUAAAGGUGCAGGAUGAACAAAUAGGCAAUUAG